GACGCGAGCAUCCCCCUGCCCGCCUGUGCCCUCCACGCACGACGUGCACCGUCUCGGCACCCCCCCUCGCCGGUCGAAGCGGUGGCGGUGGCGGCGGCCAUGGAGGUGGGCAUGCGCGUGGUGCGCGGGCCCGACUGGAAGUGGGCCGCGCAGGACGAGGGUGAGGGCCACGCGGGCACCGUGGUGGAGGUCGGCCGCCAGGGCAGCGCCUGCACGCCCGACCGGACCGCCGUCGUGCAGUGGGACGGCGGCGUGCGCACCAACUACCGCGCCGGCUACCAGGGCGCGUACGACCUGCGGCUCUAUGACAACGCACAGAUCGGCGUGCGUCACCCCAACAUCAUCUGCGACUCGUGCAAGAAGCACGGCAUCGUGGGCAUGCGCUGGCGCUGCAGCGUGUGCUACGACUUCGACCUGUGCACGCAGUGCUACAUGGGCAACAAGCACGAUCUGGGCCACGCCUUCGAGAGGCACGAGACGGCGCUCUCCCGCCCGGUCCCCAUGAGCUCCCGUGCCGGGCUGGAGCGGGUGCAGCUGCGGGGCCUCUUCCAGGGGGCGAAGGUCGUGCGGGGACCCGACUGGGACUGGGGCAACCAGGACGGCGGCGAUGGGAAGCACGGCAAGGUGAACGAAAUCCGGGGCUGGGACGCCGAGUCGUGGCGCAGCGUUGCCUGCGUCACCUGGGCCAACGGCUCCACCAACGUGUACCGCGUCGGGCACAAGGGCAAGGUCGACCUCAAGUGCAUCGCCGACUCCCACGGGGGAUACUACUUCGCCGAGCACCUGCCCCUGCUGGGGGAGCCGGCCGAGGUGAGGGGCCAGGAGAUGCAGGAGGAGCGGGCCUUCCAGGUGGGCGACAAGGUGAAGUGUCUCCUGGAGGAGGACAUUCUGAGACAGAUGCAGGACGGACACGGUGGCUGGAACCCCAAGAUGGCUGAGUUCAUCGGGAAGGUCGGCACGGUGCACCGCAUCACAGAGCGAGGAGACGUGCGCGUAGAGUACGGGGGAACCAAGAUGAGGUGGACCUACCACUCGGGGGCGCUCACCAAGGUGGACACGUUCAGCGUUGGUGACCUUGUGCGCGUGCUGGACGACGAGGAUCGCGUGAAGCAGCUCCAGGUCGGCCACGGCGAGUGGAACGAGGCCAUGCGAACGGCGGUGGGGCAGGUGGGACAGGUGGUGAAGGUGUACACGGACGGGGACCUGCGUGUGUGUGUGCGGGACAAGGUGUGGACGUUCAAUGCGCUGUGCGCGAGCGCUGUGAGACUCGGAGACGUCGAUGCCAACAACCUCAUGUCCACGGAGCAUAGGGAGGGGGCAGCCAUGGUGUGCCAGAAGGACGGCAUGGCGGUGCACGGAGUGGCCACAGAGGACAGCAGCGGCGUGUCGGAGCUGGUGAGCGAGGCGUCGCUCGGCAACUUGGGCAGGGUCGUGGAGAUUCUGCAGCGAUUUCCAGACAAGGUGGACGGACGGAGCCAGGGCAAGACUGCACUGCAGGUGGCGUCCUUCGCGGGCCACGGGGCCCUGUUGGACGCCCUGCUCCGCGCGGGGGCCCGCACAGACGUGCGCGACGACGAGGGUGAUGCUGCGCUGCACUACGCCGCCUUCGGCAACCGCGCGGCGGCGGCGACGGCGCUGCUGGGCGCCGGUGCGAACGUGGACGCGGCCAACAAAGCGAGCACCACCGCACUGCACGUGGCGGCGAGCAUCGGGCACACGGACGUGGUGAUGGCCCUGCUGGCUCACCGAGCCGACGUCAACGCGCAGGACGUGGACGGCGACACACCGCUGCACGAGGCGAUCUCGCGCGACCACCGUGACGUGGUGGAGCAGCUGAGCGCCGUGCCCAUCGCUGACUUCUCUCUGCGCAACCGCCGCGGCUUCAACUUGCUCCACCAGGCGGCACUUAAGGGCAGUGCCAUAGCCACGCACAAGAUCCUGGGUCGCGCGCGGCAGCUGGUGGAUGUCAAGAAGGAUGACGGCUUCGCCCCCAUACACCUCGCCGCCCUCAACAACCAUCAAGAGGUCGCCCGCCUCCUCGUUGCAGAGGGCCAGUGCGACGUGGACGUGCGGACGAACCGGGCGCAGACGCCGCUGCUGCUCGCCGUGCUGCAGGGCCACGUCGAGCUGGUGCAGCUGCUGGUGGCGGAGCGCUGCGACGUGAACGCGCGUGAUGAGGACGGUGACACGGCGCUGCACCUCGCGCUGGGCCGCACGCAUGUGGCCGUGGUGCCCGCAGGGGUCGUCGGAGUCGCUGGAGGGUCGGGCAGUGGCGGUGCCGCCGGUGCGGCCGGCGCUGGGCAGUGCGCCCAGUCUUCGGCUCGCGCCGCCAACGACUCGCUCGUCAACCGGCUGAAGAGCACGGGGCUGCUGGGCCCCACGGACCCGACGACGGGCGCUGCCAUCGCCUGCUUCCUGGCGCAGGAGGGCGCCGACAUCGCGCUGCCCAACGUGCGCGGGAAGGCGCCGCUCGACCUCGUGCACGACCCCCGCCUGGCGCAGCUGCUCAAGGACUUCGCUGACUGGUGCGAUGGGCGAAGGGCCCAGCAGGCUCGGCGGGAGGUCACGCUCGUCGGUAGCGGCGCGGGGCCCUCGGCGGGGCCUUCGGCGGGGCCGUCGGCGGGGCCGCCGCUGCAGUGUCUCGCCGGGACCCACGCACCCAGCCCGCGCCGCGCGCCCCCUCCCAACCCGACCAACACCAUCACCAACCUGGCCAUGGUGGCGCCGUCGCCCCAGCAGCCCCCGGCGACGGUUGUGGUGGCGGCGGCGAUGGCGGCGAUGGCGGUGGUGGAGCACGCCGAGUGCCUGGUGUGCAACGAGGUGGCGCCGCUGGUGCGCUUCUUGCCGUGCGAGCACAGCGUCGCGUGCGAAGAGUGCACAGUGAAGAUGAAGAAAUGCAUUUCGUGCCAAGUGACCAUCGUCAAGAAGUUGCGAUCAGCAGACGGCACGGAGCUCGACAUCGCGUCUCUUCAGACGACGCCGACGCCGUCAUCGUCGCUCUCGCCGUCCUCUUCGGGGCUACCGCUGAUGGUGGGGGGCGGGGAUGGCACUUCCACCCCCGCCCCGUCAGCGGCAUUGCCGGUGGUGGGCGACCCCGGCGCCAGCGGCGGCGCAGGCGCGGAGGAGGUGGCGGAGCUGGUGCGGCGGUGUCGCGACAUGGAGAGCCGGCUCACGUGCCCCGUGUGCAUGGACCAGAUCCGCGACAUCGUCUUCCUGUGCGGGCACGGUGCGUGCGGGGCCUGCGCACCGGGCCUGGCGCAGUGCCCGCUGUGCCGGCAGGUCAUACAAAAGCGCAUUCACAUGUACGUGUGAGGAGGUGGGGGGAGGUGGUAAUGGGUGUGGAGGCGUGCGCGUGUGGUUUGGUGUGGUGUGAAAUGUGUGAGUGUGCGGUGUGUGAAGUGUGUGUAAGGAGUUUCUUCACGGAGUGUUCUGUACAUGUAAGUGUUGUGUUUACGGAGUCCCCUUGUGACUAUGAGUGUCUUCACUGUAAGUGUCUUCAAUGAGUCUCCUGUGUACAUGACAGUGACUUUGUCACUAAGUGUCCUAUGUAAAGUGUAUUCACCAAUACACCUUUUCCACCGGAACAUCUGAUCCAAGCCAGCCCAGGGCCCUCAGUACUGGGUGGUUUCCCACUGGUCAUUUGCCCUGCCGCAAAGCCCGACUGUGAAACUCUGGCUUUGCAAGACCUCUGAAUCUGACUCGGGGGGGGGGGGGCUCAGCAGGGCCAAGGAGCGAGGUUUUUAUUUGUCGUCAUAACUUUGCGUCAGUCGUUACGCUCGAGCGUUGCGCGUUCAUUUCGCGUGACCUCAGCAGCACGGCUCGGCUCCUGCAGUGGAAAAAAACAAACCCGGUGCUUCCUGAGCUGUUGCCAGGGUGGCUCGUCUCGGCACGCGACGGCCUCGGCUCAGUUGUGCCGGUGAAAAGGUGGUGCUGUGUGCUCAGUGUCUUCAUUGCCAGUGUGUUCAGUGCCUUCACUGAGUGUUCUGUAUGAACCGUGUCUUCACCGUGUGUGCUUGCAGUGUGUUUGUUCCCCACUGCAAUGUCCCGAUUGCUGUUUCUUCCCAUGUGUCGUCCCGUGUCCCACCGAACUCCGUGUGUGUCCUUGUGGUCAGAUGUCUUGUGUGCCCACGUCACGUGACCCGGUAUCCCCCGUGUCUCAGGUCGUGUGUUCCAGGAUGGUCACGUGUUCGCGUGUCCCACAUUGUCACAUGUCCCCAUGUGUCACAUUGUCACAUGUCCCCGUGUCCCACAUUGUCACAUGUCCCCAUGUCUCACAUCGUCCACGUGUCCCAAUUUCUCCGUGUCCCCCGUGUGUCGGAUGAAUGCGCCUCUCCAUACGCCAUGCCAUCUGAGGCAGGGAAAACCCGAAAUAUUAUAACAUAUAAAUACAUACAAAUAUAUAUUUAGGCUGCACAGCAUCUGUGGGAGUUUAAAAAAAACCUCAGCAAUAGUGUGCCGGAGUAGGGUAGCUGCGCCACGUGGUGCUGAUGAUCGCCAGUGUGGGUGAAGCAAAUAUUUAUUUAUUUAUUACGUUUGAUUGAAUUUUAUUUGAAAACCCAGGAGCCCCCGGAAUGCACUCAAGACAAUUGCCGUGCGCGUGCGGGAGGGAGGUGGCUGGGCAUGUGGUGACGAUCGAGACACGGUGUCCGAUCACAGCUCACGACUCCAGGUCGUGCUUCCGUUCGGGAAAUUACCGUUUUUUAUUUUAUUUGGUCUUGUUGACAAUUUAAUAUAUUUGGUUCAUUUUUGGCAUUGGCGCUGUCCUUAAUAGCGCAGGGCGGUUGUCGCGGAGGAAGGCGCCAUCGCUAUGUUUGGUGGACACGGCCUGCCGUAGUUUCGCGAGGGUAGGGGGGGGUGCGAUGUUGCUUCAGCUGCUCAUGUGGAUGUGUGUGCGUACGUGCGAUCCCAGCGGAGUAAUCUGCGGUGUAAUCUUCCAAAUUCGGCAAGCUUGGGACCGCGAUGCCGGCACACAAGUGGCCCCACCCAUUCCCAAUGACGCCGCGGGACCUCUAGAUAUCCACUGGGAAGCGGCCGGCACGCAGUUUUAUUUCUACGCCUAUAAUACCCCACACGGUGUUAACCAGGGCGGCCUGCCGCACUCGAACCGCAAACCUCGGCGACAAGCGGAAAACGUGUUACCGCUGGGCCAGGUUUACCACCCCGGUUUAAUACCUACACAGUUACAGGGAAAUCUACCGCGGCGGAUGGUGCAAUGGUUAGCAUAAUAAUCCGGUGCUUUGCAGGUUCGAACGCGGCAGUUGAAACAACUGGGGGCCUAGUUGAUCAAAUCCCUCCACGCUCUGUCCACCCAGCAGUGUGUAGAUGAGUCCACGGCAGGCGGUCGAUCAGCAGGUCGCGUGUGGUGGGGUGAAGUGUAGGUAACUCCCAGCUCUUCCAAGAUGUGUGGCCAUAAUAGAGGUUUCUGGGUUAGAUCGCGUAAAUGUAUAAAUGUGUCGUUAAAACCCGCCAUCACCCGACACAGCUAUCUAGUAAGGGUUGUCACGUGAACAGAACGUGCCGAUUCGUCGUAGUUGUAAUCGUGUGUUGUGAACGGUCAGAGUCGAUUUUGGAUGGUGGAUCGAUGUGUCACAACAUGCCUAGCGAGCACACACCACCUUUACUUCGCCAGGUGAGAGCCCAUGGGGAGACCUGGGUACAACCUGCCUCCUCAGCACAUCACCUUCGAUUAGCGCAGUUGACUACUUUUGGUGCAAGAGAAGUUUAACAGACAUACCUUUACUUCGCCAGGUGAGAGCCCAUGGGGAGAUCUGUGGCCCGGUAUACAAGGCACUUAAAUCUCCCCCCUUGAAUGCAGCACUGAAGGGGAAGCGUGCUGCACCCUUUAUCUGGGAGCAGCACAGCCUAUGGGUGACGCAAACCCCUGGCACGUUGUGUCUCUGGGGUUUGGGCUCGCAUUUGAUGAACGUGUGUCCUUUUUUGAUUUAAAGCUUUCGUGACUGCAGGGAUUCAUAUUCUUGGUUCUUUCGGUAAAGUCACGUAGAAGGGAAAUAAUAAAAAUAUAAAACAAUAAAAUUCUCACGACGUUUCGACUGCAACACAAGCAAUCAUCAGCAGGUGUGAAAUCCACAGCAAUAAAAUUUUCUUGCUGUGGAUUUCACACCUGAUGAUGAUUAUAUAUAUAUUAUUAUUUCCCUUCUACAUGACUUUACCGAAAGAACCAAGGAUUUGUGUGUCCUGUUUUCAAUCAUCUAUACCGUAUAUAUCUCAAUCGCCUCAAGCCUCUCACAAAUCAUAUGAUUUGUGUGUGCCCAUCCCACUUUGAAUCUUUCCCCGCCCAUUACGACAACAGACACUGCUCCGUGCAGCUCACUUCGGUCUCGCAUCUUGGUCCGGUCAUUACCUCAACCUCCUCCCCUUCCUGCCCAGCACUCCUUUUUCUCUGGUUCAUAUCUUGAGCCGUGCCCUCCUCUUUGUCCAUCCUGAGGACUUCCAUCCCGGCAUCCCCUUCCCAUUCUUUCUCUUGAUACCGUCCGUUACUCUACUCCCCUUCUUGCAUUGUGGCACAGGUACAACGUUUGAGAGUAACGUAACUUUAUACUCGAGGUUAGUUUGUCUUUAAUCAUCUUUCCCAAAGUUAUCUAGACCCCAUGUUACAGACAGAUGGGCAGGCAAACCGACAGGAAAGUGAAGUUUGUCUAAUCGGGUGAGAUUUCGCGAGGCCAGGAUGAGACUCGUGUGUGAGAGUGACCCGGGUCACUAAAAUAAUGAUUCAAAUAACCGUAUAGCUAUGAAGCAUUGUUGUCCUUUUCAUUGCUGUAUUUAUUUGAUGUUGACUUUUAUAUAACUAUCGUUAUUUUUGGCAAAAAUUACUGAAUAUAUUCGACUGAUCACAGCACAAUUGCAAAAUAAGCUACAGAAACAUCGACUAGAUAUAGGGUGGCUAGUGUACUAAUAAUGUAAAGAGACAAUAGGUGUCCAAAAGUGUGCGACACAGACUGUGUUCCGUUGAAUGAGUGAACGAGCGAGCAAUGGCGCGAGCGAGCGAGUAAAAUCACUGCGACGUGUGGAGGUGGUGACUGCAGUCAUUGUCUGAAGCGCUUCGCCUUGCUCCGCUGAAUCAUUCACGGUGCCCGUGGCAGCGGCGGCGGCUUUAUUGAUGGAAGUUUUACACGGCCGUGCGGUGGCCAUGUGGGAGAUGAGACACGGGGCGGCACGCGGGCAGAGACAGGAGGGAGAGGAUGUGUUAUGAUAAUCAGUCGUUAAUUUCAGUCAGAACAAUCCUGAACGCCGUUCCGGGAUAUGUAUUGGCGACAUCAUAUCCAUCCGUCUCCCCUAAUUUUGUCCCAAUUGCUCCCUAUAUUCUUCCUCCCCUCCACACCUCUUCAUUCUAGAAGUUCUCUGUUCAAGAUCCAUCUUCCCUACUUCCCAUCAUCUUAGUCUCAGGCUCGCUGUCCGUCGUCUCGGACCAAAACAAAAAAAAACUAAUCGAGAAUUGAGAACCGAUGGUGACGCUCGGGCAGUAACGAGAUGGAAAAACUGGCUGCAGAGGCACCGAUACGUCUCGGAGAUUACCGAAUAAAUCACACGGCGCCGGGUGGGUUGAGGGGACGGAGGGGGGGACGGGGGGGGGGUUGUGGGGGGGCGAGGGGGGAGCAGGCAGCCGAGACGAACAGUGAUCUCUGGGUUGCAACCGAGCCGGGUUCGACUGGUUGCUCAGUGUGAAUGAUGUGGCCGUGUGUGGCCAUGUCCCUUUGCUAGCUUGGAGGGGUGUAGGCGAGAGGGGAAGGGGUUCCCGGCUUCUCUGCAACACGCGGGCUACAGACAUCCCUCGCGCACAUUUUGCGGAACGCCGUGAACCAAAUAACAUUGCAACAACAACAAAAACAACGGUGAAACUACCGUCAAAUUCGUGUGCAGGUGUCCGAGUGGAUAUGCGUGUGCGAGUUUGUGUGUGUGUACGUGUAUCGGCUCAACCUCAAAUGAGUACCUGGUACGGUGUGUAAACAUCGCUACUGGGGAGACAAAGGCGGCCGCGCGUGGUGCUGGGCACCCAGCCCCUCGUGUGCCGUGUCGGCCUUCAUAGGUGCUGCUCGCUAAUAGCACUUGCCCCUACAGUCUGUUAAGGCUAUACGGGGGGGUCUUUGUAUGUGUGUAUAUGUUAUGGGACGCGUUCGUGCAAUGUUUAGCACACCACGCUAUAAAUCCGUCGGCCCAAGUACGAUUCUCGCUCACGGUCAACACCAGUAAUGAUUAUCUGAAUCGGUCCUGGGCCUCCUCUAGGUCGAUUCCGCCUCAAAUGAGUACCUGGUGCGGUGCGUAAAAACAUUGCCACUUGGGAGACAAAGGCGGCUGGGCAUGGUGCUGGCCACCCACCGCUUCGGCCUUCGUAGGUGCUCACUAACAGCACUUGCCCCAACAGUCUGUUAAGGCUAUACGGGGGGGGGGGGGGGUCUAUGUAUGUAUAUGUGUGAGUGUGUGUGUGGUGUAGAUGAACGGUGUGGAUGAACGGUGCAGCGGUUAGUGCACUCGUUCUGUUUCUGCUGACGGGUCAACAUCAGUUACAAAAUAUCUGAACCAGUCCUGGGGCUUCUCAUAGGUCGACUCAGUCUCAAAUUUGAAAUGAGCACCUGGUGCGGUGUGAAAGAAUCUGAGCACUGGGGAGACACAAGGUUUCGGAGAGUGGUGCAGGCUGCUUGGAGGUUGUUGGCUAGACGAGGUUUCCAGCCUCUGCACCCAUGGGGCCACUGGCAACCCUCGAACACAUUUUGCCGAGUGCCGUGAACCGAAUCACAUUUAAACGUUAUUUGCUGUGCAUGGCCUUCAUAGGUGCUCGCUAAUGGCAGCUGCCCCAGCAAUCUGUUAGUGCUCUACGUGGUGCGGUGGGUGGUACUUGGCAGAAUCUUUAUGUUUGUAGGUGCGCACGUACACGAGCGCACGCGUGCGCUCGUGUGUGUGUCAAAGCAGUCAAAGUGUCAAUGCCGGUGUAAUGGAUGGUGGCUCAUCAAGGUUCCAAUGCACUGAGUGCAGGGGAUGUCAUCCCUCAGAUUGUCCAGGUCACAACUCUCACUUAGCAAGAUGCAGGUGAUUAUAAGAGACACAACAGACCGUGUGUGUAUGUGUACUCGUUCCUUUGAGGUUACGAGUGUGUGUGGGGAGCGGUAGUGUAGCGGUUAGUGCGCUGCGCUACGAACCUCGAGACCCAGGUUCGGGUCCCGCUGACGGCCACCAACAUCAGUGAAGAUUAUCUGAACCAGUUCUGGGCCUCCCCUAGGUUAACUCAGCUUCAAAUGAGUACCUGGUGUGUAAACAUCACCACUCGGUGUUGACCACCCACCCCCCCGUGUGCCGUGUCAGCCUUCGUCGGUGCUCGCUUAACAGCACUUGCACCAACAGUCUGUUACAGGCUAUACAGGGGACCUUUGUCUUUUGUCUUCCCUGGCCACACCACCCCCUUGUGUGAUGUGGCCCUGGACCUUAAUAAGUGCUCUCUACGCAUUGGCCGCUAUGAUCUAUAUGGCUAAACAAUGGGGGUGUUUCCUGCAUUUGUUUUGUGUGUAUAUAUAGUGUGUGUCUUAUAAAUAACGUGAUCUAACCCAAAAACCUUUAUUAAUAAUAUUGGCCGCGAAAGUCUACGUGUUAAAGUGUGUGUGUGUCUGUCAGAGCAGAUUUGUGAAUGCAAAAUAGUGUGUGUGCUGCGUGAAGUUUACAAUGGGGGAGACAAAGACAUCUGGGUAAAAACAAUUAUUUUUCAUUAUUUUGGAUACUGGCAUAAAGGUCCCAUAGAUAUUUACACCUGGGCAUGGUGCUGGUCACACCCACCGCUGUUCAAUGUACGCCAGGCUUUGUCUUUAUCUUGGUAUAGAUAUGUGCACGUGUGUGUGUCCAUCUGAAUGUCUUCCUGAAUUUCGAUGGCUCUCACCUGGUUAAGUCGGCUAUGUCAGUUAAAUAAAAACAAGUAUCAAUUCGAAUGAGUUUUCACCUGGUUCUUGAAAUUACUUUAAAACAUGUAAUAAGUAAUGGAUAUCAGUGGUCCAUUAUGUGGUUGAAUUACAAACGCUAGUCACAAAGGAUAAGGUGAAUAGUAAUCGGCAGAGUGCAUUUCCGAGGGCUUUCACUUCAUGGUUAAAUAAAGGAUGAGAUGUUUUAUUACUAUGAGAUGUUUUAUUUACCCAGAAAAUCUGUCUCGAUACUUCUGCCUCGGAGGUUUAGAGAAUUAUUUCGGAUUGUUUUUGUUCUAUUUGGGAGUGCGCGGAGAAAAGCCCACACAUGCGAGAGAACACCCACUACAAUGCUUACCACCCCGCGAUCAAAGCAUGUUAUGAAGACCUACUUGCUGUUCUUAACCAUUGGCAGGUACCCAUUGUCCAUUGGUGGCUUUUAUCCUCGACUCGCCCCCCGAUGCAGGGCAUGCCGCUCCCGUGUUGGCACAAAUUUCAUGGCAGCCGUCCGUCCUUCAUUUCUCGUAUUUACCAAACGCUUGCCAUUUUCCCAAUUACUUUCAUACAAAUCACGGCUGUCUUCUACCCAUUUUUUUUUGCAAACGUCACCAUCGUUUCCCCGCUCUUUACCGUCAAAAUAUGGCCGGCCGUUUCUAUCCGUCUCCAUCAAAUCACCUCCGAAUCUUACUUUUCCCCCACUCUAACCAAAGCGGACUUCCCCCCCCCCCCUCACUUAAUGGCUGCAAUUGUCUCCUGCUUUCCACAAAAUGGGUGCUCUUGUUUCUCUAUUGCCACAAAAUGGCCAUUCUUUGUCUAUUGCCACAAAAUGGCCUUUUUCCCUAUUGCCACAAAAUGGCUACCAUUUCUACCUUUCCCCCCCCACCAAAUGGCCACUAUUGUGUCACUGGUUUGCACACCCAGUGACCGCCACCCCCUGUUGACGUCCCACAGUCAACCUGCAAUGCAGUCGUACGGUACAUACAAGCCAAGCAGUUUGUGCCAACACGAGGAAUCGGUUCUGAAUGAAACGGUCGCGUUGCGCUUACAAAGGAACUCGUGUAAUGGAAGAGGGCGCAAGUAUUUUUCCAGAUUCGUCGUGUAAGAUGUGCAUUGUACAUUUUCAAAUAUCUAUUUUUUUUUCUGGAUUUUUCUCUCGGCAGCCGCCACACACACAUACACAAAACAGCUUACUCAUAUUAAAUGUUGCACAGUGUUCAUUGUUUGAAACGAAUGAGAUUACGUAGUGCUUAGAACACAUUGGGAUUGUUGAAUAAAAAAAGAAAGUAUACUUAUAUAUAUAAAAACCGUCAUUGUCAUGUCCUAAUGCAAUGAAGACACAUCCCUAACAGGUAUUAUCUCAUCAAAUCGUAUAUAGUCUGUAACUUGUCUGUCCCGAUGCCGAUAUGAAUACUCAUUGGUAAGGAGAAUAAUAAUCGUAAUAAGAAAAAUACUUUAAAUUGACCCUCUGGUGACGUCGCUGCCAUGGGGCGUUUCGGUGACGCGCAAAAGUCUGUUUAAGGUCUUUGUUAAAUAUUUGUGGUUUGGCCACGUGCUGAUGUUCGGUGAAUAAUGCCAAACGUUCCCGUAAACCCCUCUGACCACCCGACAAGAUUGCCGCGCUCAACGGAGGUUGUUGGCGCCGCGUUGAUUGAUGUUGUUGAUGUUUGAAUUCGGUCGUGAAAGGUCUUGAGCCAUGGUGGAGGAGAUGUGGUGCCGUAAUCGGGAGAAAAUUUCGAUCGACACGAAUGGCACGCCGUAGAUAAAUGUCCCUGUAAGAGCGAGACAGUCGUCGUCGGGUCGUGGAGCGUCUAUGACGAGGAGGUUUGGCGGAAAAGCUCCGAACCGCAAAGGUGGGCCGGACCCAAAGACAAAUAUGGACCGUUCUAUUUGGCUCCUUUUGUUGUUAAGGAAUGACUUUAAACUCGUGUGUGGGGCAGCCAAGGACGGCCUCGGUGUGAAGUUACCAUCGAAGAGCAGAGUAUGUACUUUUGUUUGCGUCUUUUAAGGCGAGAGGCCUGAAACGUUUGAAGGGGUACAGCGUCUUUACCCAUUAGCCCGACCCCCACCGCUAUGCAAGUGGAAUGGUAUGGCCCGAAUCGCAUUGUUUACUUGUUUAUUUUUUGGAGGCUGAUGACCUUUAACAGCCUGUAGUUUGACCGAAUGACCCAUUUCCUCUACCCACGUUGACCCAGCGCUAACCUGUACUUGCAUCCCUGAGCCAGUGGUAGAAAUUCCACAUUCUCAUGGUGAUGAGCAGUAGAAAUGUAUCCGCAGUGACAACAAAUUAUUUCCUUCCGACAAAAUGGUGACACUUGUAUUCAUUAAUGCUGCACUAAUUCUAAUUUUCUGCCGUUUGGCAAUCCACUGCUGGAUGAAGUUCACCACCUGCCGCCCCCCGAAUAAUGUUGGGAAUUUAACCCACGACCUUCACUUUGGGAGUCAAACGCAUUGAACACGCCACCUGACCGAACUGUGAAAACCCUUAUGAAUAUGAAUUAUUAUAGCAAGGACUUGAACAUGCAUAUUGUACCAUUCCUUGGUUUGGGGGUAGGGGUCGGGGGUGGAGGUCGUGGCUGUUGAUACG